UAUAUAUCUCCAUUUGUGUGCGUAGUGUCACAUUCGGUUCCCCUUUCUUUACUUUCUUCUCUAAAAAUGGUGACAAUAUAUCCUAACAACAUCCACCGCCUCAAGUCCAGCAUGAAGAUCACUACCGUCGUGCCGGCAACAGUGACCGGUGGCAAGGUCCAUGAGCUGACCAACAUGGACUUGGCGAUGAAGCUACACUACAUCAAAGGGGUCUACUUUUUCAACGGUGAUGCAGUCGAGGGGCUUACGAUGUAUGACUUGAAGAAGCCUAUGUUUCAAUUGCUCCAACUCUACUUCCCUGCCGCCGGGAGAAUCCGAAGAUCUGAAACAGGUCGGCCUUUCAUCACGUGUAACGACGGUGGUGUGAGGAUUGUGGAGGCACGUUGUGACGAAACCGUCGAUGAAUGGUUGGCUAUGGCUGUGGAGGAUGAUUCUGCUUUUGAUGGUCUUGUUUAUAACCAAGCACUUGGUGAUCCUGAUCUUGGUUUCUCUCCUUUGAUCUUUCUACAGUUCACUUGGUUCAAAUGUGGAGGAAUGUCAGUGGGAAUUAGCUGGGCACAUGUUCUUGGAGAUGCAUUUUCAGCCUCAACCUUCAUCAACCUGUGGGGGAAGAUCAUGGCAGGUCCCGUGCCACACAAGUCUCUGCACAUACCAGACUUUGCAAAAUCUGAGCUCCCACUUUCAGUACUUCCCAAGCUAAAACCAAAUUCCCUUAGAAGGGUUGAUUCAGUUGGUGAUUUAUGGCUUACACCAAACAACUGCAAGAUGAAGAUGCACACUUUUCAUGUUCCUGCAGAUAAAAUUAAUCAUCUUCUCUCGGACCAAAGAUCUAAGGUCUCGGCUUUUGAAGUAAUUUCUGCACUCAUAUGGAAAUUUAUGUCCAAGAUCAAGAAAAACCCAGAAGAGACAAGGGUGGUGACUCUCUGUACAAACAAAUCUCAUAAAAGAGAAUUUGAGUUUUCAAGUAAUGGGAUGGUGUGGAGCACAGUUGAAGCGACUUUCUGGGUUGCAGAAGCUGAGGUCUUAGAGCUGGUGGAGCUAAUAUUGAACAAAAAGAUAGAUGAGAAUGGCUUGAUUACAGAAAUGAUGGGGAAUAAUUAUAGUGAGGAGUUGUCUUCAGACUUCAUAACAUAUGGGGCAAACUUGACGUUUGUGAAUUUGGAAGAUGCACAGAUUUAUGGGCCUGAAUUGAAAGGGAAAAUGCCAGUUUAUGCAAAUUAUACCAUUAGUGGAGUUGGUGAUAAAGGAGUUGUUUUGGUGCUUCCAAGGCCAAACUAUGGUAAAAAGGGUGAUGGUGUUAAUGGUGAUCGAACUGUGACUGUGGUUCUGCCAGAAAAUCAACUUACACAGUUGAAGGUUGAGCUCAUAAGAAAUUGGAACAUUACUUGAGAUUGAAUUGCUAUAAUAAUAUGAUACUAAAGAUUCGUUAUGUACGCACGUGUGGAAGUUGUAUGACCUAAAAAACCAAAUAGUACUUCUAUAGCUAUGAUGUGUAUUUUUUUAGGAUUAAUUUCA